AUGUUUUGGACUUAUAACAUACUCACAGUUGGUAGGAGUGCUAUGCCUACAAUCAUCUUGGAUGGCAGAAUUGCAAUCAGGAAUCCUAGAAGCAUGACUCCUACAGGAAUAUGUUCAGUUCCAAUAGCUAUGCAACAAACUGCCUCAAGGGUGAAAUGGAUGGCUUGUAGUGUUGAGGAUGUCACCAAACACCUCUGCGUGAAAGGAACAGGGAACAGAAUUCAACGUGCCGAGAUUCACAACUAA